GCUCUCACGCUGGCGCGGCUUACCCGUCUCUCUGCGCUCCUACCAUACCACCACCUCCACUAUAUAAUCCCCGAUCGCCUCGCGCACACGCACCGAGCCACCGACCCGCCGGCCGACGAGGCGCAACCGCGCAACGCAAACCCACACGCGCCGCCGCCUGCGCCGUCGUGCCGCACCGGCCCGCUCCUUCUCCACUCAGGUGCAAUCAGGCUACGGCCGCCUUGGGCCGCCGCGGGCUGCGCCCCCGGACCGUGCUUGCUCAGGCCGAGAGGGGGAGACGCGGGGCACGCGACCGCGGCUAGCCCGGGCGGCGGGGUGCGGAAGCGGAGAAGGUAGGUAUGGAGAAGUACGAGGCGGUGCGGGACAUCGGGUCGGGGAACUUCGGGGUGGCGCGGCUGAUGCGCAACCGUGAGACCCGGGAGCUCGUCGCCGUCAAGUUCAUCGAGCGUGGCCACCGGAUUGACGAGAAUGUGUACAGGGAGAUCAUCAACCACCGCUCGCUGCGUCACCCCAACAUUAUUCGCUUCAAGGAGGUGAUACUUACACCCACGCAUCUUAUGAUAGUGAUGGAGUUUGCAGCAGGCGGAGAGCUCUUCGAUCGAAUCUGUGAUCGUGGGCGGUUUAGUGAGGAUGAGGCCCGGUAUUUCUUUCAGCAGUUGAUCUGUGGCGUGAGCUACUGCCAUUACAUGCAAAUAUGCCAUCGAGAUUUGAAGCUGGAGAAUGUUCUCUUGGAUGGUAGCCCUGCUCCGCGGCUCAAGAUAUGUGAUUUUGGCUAUUCCAAGUCAUCAGUGUUGCAUUCAAGACCCAAAUCAGCAGUGGGAACACCAGCAUAUAUUGCACCUGAGGUGCUAUCCCAUCGUGAGUAUGAUGGAAAGCUUGCAGAUGUCUGGUCCUGUGGGGUGACUCUUUACGUCAUGCUUGUGGGAGCGUACCCAUUUGAAGACCCGGAUGACCCCAAGAAUAUACGCAAGACCAUUCAGCAAAUAACUCAAGUACAAUACAAGAUACCAGAUUAUGUCCACAUAUCUACAGAUUGCAAACAACUUCUUGCCCGUAUCUUUGUUGCCAAUCCAAUGAGGAGAAUCACAAUGAUGGAAAUAAAGAGCCAUCCAUGGUUCCUAAAGAACCUGCCACGAGAACUCACGGAGACAGCACAGGCCAUGUACUACAAGAGAGAUAACAGGGUACCUUCUUAUUCAGACCAAACGUCAGAAGAAAUCAAGAAGAUUGUCCAGGAUGCAAGGAUCAUGCCAAAAUCAUCCAGAUCAGGCUACGAUUGGAGCAAUGAGUGUUCAGAUGAAGAAGAAAAGGAAGAGGAGCACAGACCAGAGGAGAACGAGGAAGAGGAAGAUGAAUACGAUAGGAGGGUCAAGGAGGUCCAUGCAAGUGGAGAACUCCGAAUGGACGCUCUACACGUAUGAAAUCUUGUGGAAGAAAGUUGCAUGUAGAUAACCGGGUUACUGCGGGCUGAAGAUUCAGUGGGCUGUGUGGAAUUUUGGCUGCAAUAUUGCUUCUGUCUGGUCGUCCCCUCUCCUGUAACAUAAUUUACUUGAUACACUGAGACAUACAACCACCUUCUUGUUUAUAUAUACUUGGAGACGACGAAACCUGUAAAUAUGAAUCAUGUGCCUGUCUGUCUGCA